AUGGCCAAGUGGCUCCGGGACUAUCUGAGCUUUGGCGGCCGGAAGCCUCCGCCGCAGCCGCCCACCCCCGACUACACAGAGAGCGAUAUCCUUCGGGCUUACCGGGAGCAGAAGGACCUGGACUUCGAGGAUCCCUACGAGGACGCCGAUGGCCGCCCCGAGUCGGAGCCCGCAGGGCCGGUGGACUCCAAGUACGACUCUCCCAGGCACCGGCUGAUCAAAGUGGAGGCUGCAGACAUGGCCAGAGCCAAGGCCCUCCUGGGCAGCCCUGGGGAGGAGCCCGAAGCAGACACUGAGUACGCAGAUCCUUUUGACGCCCAGCCUCAGCCGCCAGCUCUGGAUGAUGGGUACAUGGAGCCCUAUGAUUCCCAGACCGGCUCGGGUGAACGGCCAAGUAGAGCUGUCCAGCUUUACGAUACUCCAUAUGAGGAGCAAGAUGCAGAGCCGGAAGAUGGAACGACUUCUGGCCAGAGUCGGCUGCCCCUGGAGGAUGAGAGGCCGGCGGAUGAAUAUGACCAGCCUUGGGAAUGGAAGAAAGAUCAUAUCUCCAGGGCCUUCGCAGUACAGUUUGAUGGCCCUGACUGGGAACGGACCCCAGGAUCGACCAAGGACGGCCGGAGACCGCAGCCUGCGGAGCGCGUGGAUGCGACUCUGGCCCUGGAGAAGCAGCCGUGGUUUCAUGGCCCCCUGAGCCGUGCAGAGGCCGAGAACCUUUUGUCCCUCUGCAAGGAAGGCAGCUACCUAGUGCGGCUCAGUGAGACCAGGGCUCAGGACUGCAUCCUGUCCCUCAGGAGCAGUCAGGGUUCCAUGCACCUGAAGUUCGCGCGGACCCGGGAGAACCAGGUGGUGCUGGGCCAGCACAGCGGGCCCUUCCCCAGCGUGCCCGAGCUGGUCCUGCAUUACAGUGCCCGCCCGCUGCCUGUGCAGGGUGCAGAGCACCUGGCACUGCUCUACCCUGUCACCGGCAGCCAGAGCCCCUGA